GGGGCGAUUGCGGUUUCCGGUGUGAUCACCGAUAUCCGGUGUGAUCGCGGCUUUCGGUUGAGAGCUGUCGGUGUGGAGUCUUGGUUUCUUUGUUCUUUCUCGCUGACUGAAACUCAGUGGUGUGAAAGAUGAGUGCAAGAUCAAGAUCUAGAUCUAGAGGAAGAGUGCGUCGAGAGACUAAUCCUGAUGCACGUGUGGUUGGCUCUGCCUCCAAGAGAGCAGGCAAUAAAAAAUCUCAGCGCAAGAAGCCACCAACUGUGAUUCCAACUAUUAAACCUGAACAAGAGAAGAAAGAAGCAGUUGCUGUUCAGAGUGACCAGGAAACUGAUGUGGAGACUGGUGACCAGAAAGUGGAUCUGAAGAAGACUGAGGAGGAGCACGGAGACGGCCCUGAGGUGGAGGAGAAGACUCCACCUGAUCCGAAACCUAAAGUUUCAGAAACAGGUGAUGAACAGCAGUAAGUUUAAAAGAAGACAAGCCGAAACAAGCCAUGUUGUUGUUAUAUUGAUACAUUGACUUGUCUCAUUAUCUCAAUAAAGCUCUGCAUCUUAUUCAGAAGUCAUGCUGCUUUU